CCGGACAUGCCAGAUGCCAAGUCGGCUUGUAUACGCAAGCCCAGCCAAACAAAGAAAAAAAGACCCAAAACACUAGCCUGCCCUGGAGAACUCUACUCAACCAAAUUCCAGAGAGCUUUUUCGUUGCUUCAAGCUUCGAUCGAUUACUAUUGUCAGACAUUGAGAGUGAUUUGGAAGUUAUAUUUUUUUAUUUAGAUUAUGGGAGGUCAUGGAGGUCUUAACAUUCUUCCUCAAAAGAAAUGGAAUGUUUACAAUUACGAGAACAGAGAGAAAGUUAGGAAAGAUGAAGAAGCUGCUGCGAGAGAUGAGCAACUAAAGCGCGAAGAGGUGAGAAAGCGUGACGCUGAGUUUCGCCUUGAGCGCCUUCGUGCUGCUCGUGGCUUACCUCCCAUGCAAAAACCUGAGGAGCCAGUGCCUGUGGUGGAAGCUGAGGCUUCCAUAUCGGAGCCUAAAUCCAACCACAUUAAUCUCUUUGAAGGGAUUAAGAUUUUCGACCCUGUUAUGGGAUUGGAGAAAGAACGAGGUGAUGAGGGAGAAGGGUCUAAGAAGAAAAGGAAGAUGAUGAAGAAAGAGGAGGUGAGGAUUGUGACUGCAGAGGAUGAGAAGUAUAGGUUGGGAUAUGGAGUUGCCGGGAAAGGAGUUAAGUUGCCUUGGUACCUUGAGAAGCGGACUGAUGAGGUGAAUAAUAAGGAGAAGGGUGAAGAUGAUGGGUCGACAAGAGGGAAGAAGGAGGUGGGAAAGAAGAGUGGCAAGAAGACUUUGGAAGAGUUAAGGGAUGAGAGAUUGAAGAGGGAGAAGCGCGAGAAGGAGAGGGAAAGAGCUUUGUUGGUAGAGAAGAGCCGAAGAGAUGGAUCUUGUUUGAAGGAGAAAGGAUUUUCAAGGAGAUCUGUUUACUGAAAAUUCAGGUCGGUCCUGGUUUCUGUAAAUGGAUAUAGGGCUGUGAGAUUCUCACAAUUUGUAUGGAAGUGUUACAUGGAGAUUAUUCGUCUUGAGCUCAUUAUUGUUCUUGUAAAUCCAGGAUUCAGAAAUUCAGGUACAACUCUCACAGCAAUCUGAGAACCAAGGAGUAAAUAGUGUGGUCUUUUUUACCAUAAUUCAUGAUUUUGCACCAGCAUCUUCAAAAUGGUGCAGAAGUGUUGCAGGGAAAUCACUUGAUGAUGAAGGUGAUGCAUUUUAUCUAAGUGGUCAAAGAGAGGAAAGAAAGUCAUUACUCUGUUAUUUGUACCUGUACCCGUUCCAUGUGUUCCGUCUGCGGUUAUGCAGACUGGAGAUCAAGCACUUAAAAAAUGUGGAUGCAUCUUUAUCUGAAUAGGCAUUAUUAGAGUUAUUAUUGACAGAAA